CGCGAUUUUGCGGAUUUGAGAAUUGAGAAGUUGAUUGAAGAGAUUCUUUCUUGUUAGAUUACCAAAAAUAACAAAAAAUACCUUAUUGAAUUAAUUUCAACAUGUUCGGUCAACAGCCAAUUUUAGUUUUGAGCCAAAACACAAAACGUGACUCCGGCCGGAAGGUUCAGUUGGAAAAUAUAAAUGCUGGAAAGACGAUAGCGGAUGUAAUAAGAACAUGCCUCGGGCCACAGGCUAUGUUGAAAAUGUUGAUGGAUCCAAUGGGCGGCAUCGUGAUGACAAACGACGGUAAUGCUAUCCUCCGGGAGAUCACCGUGCAGCACCCGGCUGCCAAGUCCAUGAUAGAAAUCGCUAGAACACAAGAUGAAGAGGUUGGCGAUGGCACCACAUCAGUCAUAGUUCUCGCGGGUGAGAUGUUGGCCGUGGCAGAACAGUUCCUCACUCAGAACAUUCACCCCACUGUGAUUAUCCGGGAGUAUCGGCAGGCAUUGGAGGAUGCCGUCAAAUUGCUAGAGGAGAAGAUAUCUGUGCCAAUUGAUAUGAAUGAUAGGGAAAAGCUCAAGGAAGUGAUCCGUUCUUGUGUGGGCACCAAGUACAUUGGUCGCUGGGCCGAUCUGGCAGUAGACAUUGCUCUGGAUGCUGUCAACACGGUCACUGUCAACGAUAACGGCAGGGUUGAAGUGGACAUCAAGAACUACGCGAAAAUCGAGAAGAUCCCGGGCGGCAGCAUUGAAGAGUCUCGUGUGCUCAACGGCGUGAUGAUCAACAAGGACGUCACUCACCCCAAGAUGCGGCGCUACAUUGAGAACCCCCGCAUCAUCCUGCUGGAUUGCCCGCUUGAGUACAAGAAGGGGGAGAGCCAGACCAACAUCGAGAUAUUGGGAGAACAGGACUUCACCAAACUCCUGCAACUUGAAGAGGAGCACGUGCAGAGGCAAUGCGAAGACAUCAUCGCUCUCAAGCCGGACAUAGUGUUCACCGAGAAGGGGGUGUCGGACCUGGCCCAGCAUUACUUGGUCAAAGCUGGCAUUACGGCCAUACGCAGAUUACGUAAAACCGACAACAACCGCUUGGCGCGCGCGUGCGGCGCCACCAUCGUGAACCGCACGGAGGAGCUGAAGGAGGCCGACGUGGGCGCGCUGGCUGGCCGCUUCGAGGUGAAGAAGAUCGGCGACGAGUACUUCACCUUCGUCACCGAGUGCAAGAACCCCAAGGCAUGCACAAUUCUACUGCGAGGUGCUUCAAAGGACGUGCUCAAUGAGAUCGAAAGGAAUCUUCAGGAUGCGUUGCACGUUGCCAAGAACUUGGUGCUGUCCCCGCGCCUGGUGGCGGGCGGCGGCGCCGUGGAGAUGGCGCUGUCGGCGGCGCUGGCCGCGCGCGCGCCGCACUCGUCGCCCUACCGCGCCGUGGCGCAGGCGCUCGAGAUAAUACCCCGCACUCUGGCGCAGAACUGCGGCGCAAAUACAAUUCGCACUCUGACCGCGUUGAGAGCUAGACACGCGGCCGGCGCGCAUUCCACCGGGAUAGACGGAGACACCGGCGAGAUCGUAGACAUGGCCGUCAAAGGGAUCUGGGAGCCGCUAGCUGUCAAACUACAGGUAUACAAAACAGCAGUGGAAACGGCGAUUCUUCUACUCCGAAUCGACGACAUCGUGUCAGGGUCCAAGAAGAAGAACAACGAGCCCUCGAACCCGGCCGCCAUGGCGCAGCAGGAGGGGCAGAUGUAGAGCCCCGGGCUCUGAAUAGCUUUUCUGGGAAUUAACAAGCGGGAUGUGAGGUUGUUCUAGUGCGGAAUAUCAGUGAAAUUAAACUUUUACAUACAUACAAAAAAUCACGCCUCUUUCCCGGAGGGGUAGGCAGAGACUACAUCUUUCCACUUGCCACGAUCUCUGCAUACUUCCUUUGCUUCGAUUCACAUUCAUAACUCUCUUCAUGCAAGCUCGGCGGUUUCGGGUACUUUUGUCCUGACCCUUUAACAGGAAAACAUAAAAUUAAAAACAUUAAACUUUUUGUUACAGUAAUUUAAAGCUGACACCGUAUUACUGUCUUACGAAUUGACGGUCAGGGCCUGACGCGAGUUUAAUAUUUAACGGGGUUUUGUUUUACUUAGUGUAGCAAUAAAAGUCACAUUAAACAGUGUGUAAACAAACUGCAUUUUGUGACCGCUCCGUACGUUGAGAUAUAAGUUAAAAAAAAGACUUCUGAGAAUUUAUCAAAAAAACUACUUAAAUUUAUUUUUAAAAGGAAAACUAUUACAUAGAAAACUUAAGCGUUUUUUUAAAUAAAGAAUGUGUAUUUUAAUUUAAUAAGUCCUACAUAAUAUCUUACUAAUUUCCGCACUAGAAAUAACCUUCCAUAAUAAUGUGUUCUUGGACCAAUAAAUUGUAUUUUUUUUGCAUUUUAUGAGUAAAUAAAACCUCAUAACAAAUUAUAUCUUUUUUGUUAUUUUCUGUAUAACAAUAGCUACUUUUACUUGUCCAAAGUAAAGAAUAUUGGCCGUUUAUUGUAUGGAGGAAAUAGGGUUAUAUUCGAAAAUUUUAUUUCCUAUGUAUUUUGAGUAAUCCUCAUUUGGUUGAGAAUAGCAAAAGUAUGCAAUUAAGAUGACAUUUGGUCCAUGAAUAGUUUAAUGAUUACGAAUGAUACGGUAGUAAUUAUUUACGAGGUAAAAUUGGUCUACCAUGACACCAUUAUAUGUAUUGUGUUUUAAAUCAUACAUUUUAAUGUCUAUAGCUGGUGCUAUAGUAUGGUAGGCUUGCAAAAUGUACCUAAUUUGCAUUAAAAAUAAAGUUCUUAAAUAGCGUUUUCAAAAUCAAAUUGAAGGUAGAAUUCAAUGGGACGAGAAAAAAAUAGAAUUUUUAAUUUUUUUAGUCUAAACCUGAAGAGGUCACUUUUUUAAAAAGAUUUUUAAGUUGUUGCAAUUCAAUGUUGAAAAAUUGUUUGAAAUUUACUUAAAAACAUAUACAUAAAAUGUACAUUUUUUGUUGUUUUUUUUUUGCAAAUAACCUCCUCUUAAAUGAAUAAAUUACUAUUCGAUGUAUUGUCUUUUUAGCUUCGUAUUGCUAGCUCUAAUGAUGCCUUAAUUAUUUCGAUGAUAUGAUACUUAUGUGUAAUGUAAUAAGGUUUAGUUUUAUUUAUCACUUGUCUGUUUGGUCACACAUAGUUUGUGCAUUUAAGUUCUCGAUCGCUAUUUUAACAAAAUAAUAGUAUUAAACAUUUAUAAUGUCUACUA